CAUUUAUCUCUGUAGUCUGCUGUGUCCUUCGCUCAGUGAGACUGGAUACUCGGAAAAGAGAGGAGUAGAGCAAGGGAGGGGUGAAAAAUGAGAACACUUCAGCUGGCUUAGUACAAAAUACCUUAGGCGUGGUUCUCAAUUCUUUCCAUGCACUCUGAGGGUCUUCAGAUCUUUGAAAAAGGAAAGGCUACAGACUGGGGCUUGUAAAAGUCUGAAACAGCGUUAAGGCAGGUUCAGGUUUAGAGAAACACUGAAACAUGGCGACUCUCAGCAGCAACAAUGAGGAGAAUUCAAAGGAGAAUCAACACACUGCCGACAUAAAGGAGGAACUGGAGGACACGCUGCUGCAACAAGAUGUGUUAUGCGACUCCUGCAUGGACAGCCCCAGCACGGCGCUCAAAUCCUGCCUGACCUGUAUGGUUUCCUACUGCGAGGCCCAUCUCAGACCACAUUUGGAGAACGCCAAAUUUCAAAACCAUCGUUUGGUGGAUCCCCUCCAUGACUUCGACUGCCAGGCUUGUGAAGUUCAUCAGCUCCCUCUCAAACGCUUCUGCCUGAUGGACGGCCGCUGUGUUUGUUUGGACUGCGAGAGUCAGGAGCAUGAAGGACACGCAACGGCAUCUUUGGAGGAGGCACGCACACAGAUUGAGACUGAGCUGCAGAAGAAACACAAAGAGAUCAGUCAGAGUGCCUCAGCAGCUGAGAAAGCAAUUGGAAAACUGCAAGACAAUAAUGACUUAAUUAAGUCCUCAGUGCAGGAGGUUUGUGUUAUUGCUGAACAGCAGUUCACCAGGCUACACACAACUGUGGAGGAGGCCAGACAAGGAGUGAUGGAGGGGCUGGAAGGAGAACAGAAACGAGCACUCAAACAGGCAGAAGGUAUCCAAGCACAUCUGGAGCAGAGAAGGGCCGAGCUGAUGAAAACACUGGCUCAAAUGAACAAACUGUCCAAAAACAAGUGUGAUGUUGACUUUCUGCAGGAGUACUCAGAGUGGACGAAAAGAGAGCUGGAUGCAUGUGUGCCCAGUGUGCACAUCAACCGUAUGGACCAUCUUACCUCUUAUGUUCAGGUAGUGACCGAUGCAACACAGGAGCUGUGUGAGCUGAUUUUAUCCACAUAUAAGGAAAAACUGAAAACUAUUUGCAGCAGUGGUGAGUGUAUUUCACAUUGUAUAUUUUACCUCAUAUCUUCUCUGGCUCUUCAACUUCAGUGGAUCAGGCCAUGUGUUCUUUUUAGCCACGCUAGCAGUGUGCUUCUAGGGAUUGCAACUGGCCUGUAUGUAGAUAAAACUUUAUUAGAUAGAUUGAUCCCUUUGGUUGGGUACCUUGGGGAAAUUGUUGACGUCCACUGCUUUGAUCCAAACUAUACUAGGAGUUUGACAUUUGACCCGGACACCACCCAUAAUUUUCUGCGUUUAAUGGAGGGCAACAGAAAGUUGACCAAUACCAGCCCCUGGCAGCACAGCUACCCAGACCACCCCAGUCGCUUUGAAUAUUGGCGUCAGGCCAUUUCUUUAGAGAGCCUGUACUUAGGGAGACACUACAUUGAAGCAGAGCUGAGUGGGGAAGGCGCACAUGUUGGCGUCACCUACAAGAGUAUUGAUCGUAAGGGAGAGGAAAAUCCGCUGAUUGUUCUCAGAGUUCCCACACUCACAGCCAGAAGGAUCCCCACAGCCUUGAUUUUCGACAGUGACAGCAGACGAUCCGUGGAACUGCAGCUGGCCCGAGCAAAAAAACCAAACGAUGUUGUUGAAGCCCAUCCAUCCAACAUUGAAACAGCAGCACAGAUGGAAAACAUCCAGCAUUUGCCCAGUCCUUCCAAUCCUCCCAGCGUGGAGCGUGUCCACCACGUGGAGGCAGUGAUGGAGAGGGCCCACCACGGCGGUGGAUGGCUCCUGUCUGGCAUAAUCUGCAUCAACAUCCUGAUCCUUGGCUGUGCUCUAGUCAGCGGCAGCGCCUUCAACAGCGUGGCCAUUACUGCUGUGCAUCGACAAAUUUUCCUCAUCAUCCUCCUCCUCCUCACCAUGCUGUGGAUGCUAUUUUACACCGUCAUCACCUCCCGAAAGGAUCAAGCAGUGUUGUUCAAAGACAGCCACGCCGGGCCUGUGUGGCUCCAAGCUGGACUUGUGCUGUUUGGCCUGCUUAGUUUCCUCAUGGACAUCUUCAAGAUUGCCAAUUACGUGGGCUAUCUUCACUGUGAUUCUGCGGUUAAAGUAGCCUUCCCCGUUGUGCAGGCUGUAUUUCUGUUUGUCCAGACCUACUUCUUAUGGACUCAUGCAAAAGACUGUGUGCAGCUGCACACAAAUUUUACACGGUGUGGGCUUACUCUUACACUUUCCACUAACCUGGUGGUCUGGAUGGCAGCCGUGACCGAAGAAUCAGUUCACCAAACUGAGAUUUAUAAUCUGAACAUCAACAUGUCACAGAAGUUUUACAGAGCCAGCUAUGGUGACAAGAAAUGCAAAUGCAGUCACUCGGCAUGUGACACGUUUGAAGAGGCCUUUUACUACCUGUACCCCUUCAACAUAGAAUACAGCCUCUUUGCUUCUGCUAUGGCCUACGUCAUGUGGAAAAAUGUGGGUCGAAUUGUGGAGGAUCACAGCCACCACAAAGUUAAGUUCCGUCCGAGGGAGGUGUGUUUGGGACCUGUGACGGGAAUCCUCCUGGUGAUGGCAGGACUCGCAACAUUUAUACUGUAUGAAGUCCAAAUACUAAAAGAAGACAGAGAGAAGACAAAUGCGGCCCUUCUGAUUCACUUUUCUGUGAAUAUAGUGAUAGUGAGCCUGAUGUCUCUCUCCACUGUGAUCGGCUGCAUUGUUUACAGGCUGGACCACAGGGAGCAUGUGUCGGAGAAGAACCCCACACGCAGCCUGGAUGUGGGGCUGCUGGUGGGUGCUUCAAUGGGGCAGUUCCUGAUCAGCUAUUUCACUAUUGUGGCUGUGGUGGCGACAGGAGCCAGAGGCUACCUGAAUGCACUCAACCUAACCUGGGCUGUGUUGGUGGUGCUCCAGCUGGGCCUGCAGAAUUAUUUCAUCAUCGAAGGCCUCCAUCGGGAGCCCUUUCAUGUGAUUCAGGAAGCAGCUCUGCACACGAAUGCCCACGCCCUGCAAGAAAACACAGAGCUGAGCGCUGUAGUGGACAGCCGUAGGUCUGUCUACUUCCUGGCAUCAUGUCCUGAUAAACUCAGCUGGAAGAGAAGAGUUCUGAAAGAAGUCUGUGUCUUUUUACUGUUUGCUAACGUAAUACUGUGGAUCAUGCCUGCAUUUGGAGCUCGGCCGCAGUUUGACCAUUCCAUAGAGAUAUACUUCUACCAAUACACAAUGUGGACCGCUAUUGUGAAUAUAGGACUUCCUUUUGGAAUCUUCUAUCGGAUGCACUCCGUCGCCAGUCUCUUUGAGGUGCACUUGACCACUUAGC